UCAAGUGAACGGAAGGUGAAAAACUGGACCGUUUCAUUCUCGGAUAGGUGAGAAUAUAGAACUCUGACAUGGUAUAAAAGUCCCGAGUAGAGGGACCCUCGUUAGUAGAGAGAAAUUAUUGUAAAAACCAAUGCCGACCCAACAAUCAUUUGCUACAGGUUCCGCCUGUCCGGAAUUGGAGGCAGGGACUCUCCGAGUAUACAGCAUGAGGUUCUGUCCGUAUGCUCAACGAGCCCUGCUGGUCCUGACAUACAAAAAUAUACCACAUGAAGUGGUCAACAUCAAUCUGAAAAAUAAACCGGAAUGGUUUCUGCAGAAGAACCCACUGGGGCGGGUUCCCACCUUAGAGAAAGAUGACAGAAUCGUGUACGAGUCCGCUAUCUGCUGUGACUAUUUGGACCAGGUGUAUCCCGAUAACAAGCUGACCCCAGAUGACCCUUACCGUCAGGCCCGGGACAAGAUGACCGUGGAAGUCUUCUCUCAGUUUGUUUCGGAUUUUCAAAAAAUGAUGAGUUCACCACCGCAAGAGAAACCCGAGAGUUUACAAAAGAUCAAAAACAACCUAUCCGAGUUAGAGAGCAGCCUAACAGCAAGGCAAGGCGCCUACUUUGGAGGGAACGCAGUGCAGAUGCUAGACUUCCUGCUGUGGCCAUGGUUUGAACGUAUUCUCAUCUUCGCAAAAGUUGUUCCGCUGACGUUCUCUUUAGAGGACUAUCCAGCUUUGUGUGAAUGGACAAAGAAAAUGCCGGAAUGUCCGGCCGUCCAAAAAUGUCGACUGGACCCUCAGCAGUUUUUGGAAUUUUACAAAAGUACAAAAGCUGGCGCACCUGAUUAUGACGUAGGUCUGGGCAAAGAUUCCUAAAACUUCACAGUCAUAAACGAAGAGAAAGUGAACAACUUGGUACUAACAUGUAUAUACAUUUUUAUGUUCUGUAACACAAUAUUUGGUUUUACAAUUUCUGUUUCAAAAUUAUUUUCUUCAGCUGUAUUUGGUUUCUCAAAUAAAUUAAUAUAAAAUAAAAAAAAA